AAGUACGUAUUUUUAUUUACAUACAUAACCUUACCUUUUUCCUAGUUAGCUUGGCUCCACCCGUACAUACAACUUAUUUUCACCGAUAAGAACAUCUUCAACUACUAACAUGAUGACGUGUGGAGUUGCCGAUCAAAGAGUGGUGGUUCUCCUCGUUGCUAGCGAGGAGGCGUCAUGACGCUUGGUAGCGCGCGGGUCGCUCCGCGGUAUCAUGGGGCAUAACGGCAAGAAGUCGAUAAGGAACGAGCUUUACUAGGUCACGGUGCGUCGUUCUAAGCCGAAUCGUACGAUGCCAUAUCGUAGAUCAUCAUCAUGGAUGUAGCUGUACCUGUCCGAAUUAUAUUCUGCGACUUGUAGCUGAGAAUCAGGAAGACGCGACGACCUAUUCCACAAGAGCCUGUACGUCCAAACCCACACGCAGAGUCAGAAGCCAUCCGAAAAAACAUCACUUGAGGACAACGCUUCUAUUUUUAAAAGUAAAAAUUAUAGCCACGAGUCCAACUACACCAACUAUCCGAGUAAGAACAGGAAGAUAUUAAUCGGAAUCAACCAAAGCGUCGAGACGCCGGACAUCAUAGAGAUAGACAGUGACAUUUGUCAGGUCCAAGCGCGCGAAGCCGACCUCAAGCUAGGGAUACGAAGAGCGAGCUCUAGGAAAUCUACCGUCCACGAUAUACAUAGCACUCUCAGGAGCGACAACCACAAAGAGACUUCAAGCAUAUCAAAGGAGAGUAUGGAGUAUGCCGCAGGCCCGCAUGACUUUGAUGAGACUUGUAGCGUACGAACGAACGCUGAUAUCAGAAGAUGGAGAGAGAUCGAACCGAAGGCCCUACACCAACAUUAAGGCUAGUUUAUCACCUUCCCAUGGGGAGCGGGCGCAUGAUCCUGUCUGAGAGAGCGAAGGCUCAUCCCUACUUGAGUUCUUAAGGGAGAAGAACCUAAGGGGAGCGCAGGGCAUCUCACUCAGCCUGGAUUAGUGAAAAACUAGCGCUAACAGAGAGCGCCGUGUGGGUCGACGCCGUCAAGAGGGAGCACGAGGGCGUCAUCGUCUAGUAUGGCAUGAGCAUGAUGUGUUGUUGACGAGUCGAUGUACACGUCCAGAGAAAUGCAAUGUGAAGAUAUACUCAAAGAAGAAGAACAAGAAACAAUAUUGAUGGAUCCUACUUAGCAUGGCCAUUACUAAAAUAUCUGCACUUCUCUAUCCUUUACCUACUAUCCGUCCUUUUUCUUUUCCUAGUUCGUUUGGCUCCACCCACAAGAUGAGGUAGAGUUCAUCCAUGCACGUUGCUGAUGAUACCUGAAGAUUGUUAUCGUGGUCUUGUCAAGAACAAUGCUCGGCAAGAACGCAUGAUCAACAGCGUGAUACAUCAUCAUCAGUCGCCCACUGAUCUGACUCUAAGAAAUCAGCAUACGACAAUCAAAACGACCAAUUUCAUAGGGAAGAUUAUGACGACCCUACAUCGGGAGGACCUCUUCGACCACCAGAGAGGUCGGGCGCAAGCUGUGUGCCCUAUGGCAAGUAUCUGUGGCUCUUCGCCGGCUACGGAGGAGGAGGAGGCAGGCUGGAUGAUAUAUGGAGUUAUGAGCUUGGUUGGUAUCUGUAGGUUCUCUGCAUUCAUUCUCCUGCUCUCCCUGUAGAAGAUCAACAUGUUCAGCAACAUCGUUCAUCGUCGCUCUCCCUACUAGAAAAACUUGCACCUCUAAUUAAUAAGAUGCGUUACUCCAUGAGUGGGUACAGCAAUCAAUCAAUCAAUCCGUCGAAAAGUUGUGGAGGUGUGUAGAUCUAGAUUCCUCUGCUCUCCCUGGUGUAGUGAAAUCCUGAACAAACUGUGCAGCAACAUCUCCUAGCUCGCCCGCUCUAACAGCAGUUCGACUUGGGGAAACGGCGGUGGUCGAAGGUCGCACCAAGAGGGGAGAAGAAGCCAAUGCCUAGGGAAAAUAACUCAGCGCUUGUGGUCAAGGGGAAGAUGUACUCCUAUUUGGAUAGUGAUAGUGAACUUGGUGAAGAUGUACCACUACUUGGAUAGUGGGCUUGAUCUUCCUUGAUCCUUGUCAGUGUUUCGAUCCGAUGUUUAGGACAAGCGAAUGCAUUAUGACCCGCCUGUCGAGGACGUGAAUCAUGGAUCGACCAAUCGGGUGUCGAAUUACGGCAAUAACAUUCGUCAUCCACAUCCUCUUUAGGUACGUCUUCGGCGGCUAUUCCGGGUUCACUUGGCUCAACGAUUUUUGGGCUUUCGACUUCAAAGCCAAGACCUGGGAACGAGUGCCCGGCGGGUGUGACGGGCACGUCCCUAGCAUGCGCUUUGGCUAUGUCAGCGCAAGCCAUGCGGAUGAGGUAAUGUUUGUCGUCACUGACGAACUCUGUCUAAUUCAUUGUGAAUGUGAACUACGAUUGUUUUUUUACUAAAUUUGCCAUCAGACGGCCACGAGAAAAAGAGUAUGAUUUCAAGAUGAUGCCGCUCGUCGAAAAUCUCCUCCCCCCAGCGUCGUUAUUGGCCCCCAAUCAAAAAUCAAGAAUCAAUUGUCUUCUACCACGUUCUCGAUUCGAGAACACAAGAUAUAUAUUUUAAAGUUAUCGAGUUAUGUUGUACGCGAUCUUCUCGUUCGCCUCCAACCAACAGGACAUCUUCAUUUUCGGCGGCUACGAUGGCAGUACGUGGCUCAACGAUAUGUCGGAGUUCUCUUUAGCUCAGAAGCGAUGGUCGCGGACGCAAGAAGAUGGCUACGUGCCGACAGGGAGAAGCUGUCCCGCUUGGGCGACGCAUCAGGAGAGCAUCUACCUCUUCGGUGGCUAUGACGGCGUUCAUAGGAUGAACUUAAGGCUAGUACAUCACUUUCCGGGAUGGACUAUGCUGAGUGGAUUCCACUUUGAUGAAGGCACCGGAAUUCCACUUUGAAGGGAGGGAACCCACUCGACCACGGAUCAGCGAAAAGGGAAUCACAUCAGGAAGUGCAAAGAGAAGUAGAGAGUAGUAGUAGUCUAACACCUCAAGAAUAGGUAUAAUCAUUGGCUCCACCACGGAUCAGUUUUCAAAAGGGAACCAAGUCUUGACCAGUGAUAGUCUGAAGAUAGUUGUGUUGUGUUGACCUUUAAUGAACGAUUUCCAUCAAUUCCGCAUGCCAACUAGAACCUGGAGCAGCAUACGAGCAUGCGGACACGUGCCGGCGCCGAGGUAAAGGAAUUUUGUUGUUGAUCUACUCGAUGUACUCGAAUACUCAAAGUAUGCGAGUAGUUAUUGACUGAAAUAUAUAUAAGAGAGUCUUGAUCUUCACAUUCCUCUUGUUUUAAGUAGUUACUCUUGUUUUAAGGAGUUACUCGCUUAUUUCAGUUUUUCCAAUAAGAAUAAGUAAGUAUAAUCGAUGUAGGCAUCCGACACUAGCUCCAAAAAUGCAGAGAGACAAAAUAAGCUCCUUAUUAAGGGAGGUUAUUUUGACAAGAUAACCAUCCGUUAUAACCUCCUUAAACUAGUACAGGUAUUUCCACGCAGCUGUCGUCUAUGCUGAUUCCCUAUUUCUUUUCGGUGGUUAUAGUGGCCACGACCGGUUGAACGACCUCUAUGAGUUCCGCUUCGAUAUCCAAACAUGGUUUUCCAUUCAAGCAGAGGAUCCUCCGACUGGGAGAUCGAGUUUGUUAUGGGACGAUUUUAGUAAAUUUUUAUAUUCAACAGUAGAACUACAAGUUUGAUGUGUUUGAAUAUGUGUUUUUUAUAUAAAUUUCGAACUACACGAAAGGAGCGGUUGUAGAUUCUAGAUUUUGUUGAUCAUUAUAGCACAGGAGACGCUAUGGCUAUUGUUCGUAUAAUUCCUCUUGUUAGAAAACCUUGUUUAUCUUCUACCACCUUAUCUUCUUCUGCCAAAUAAAGUACUUACUUGAUGCAUCAGCAUCACCAGCCCGGUUCUAACGGAAGUAGCCGCUGUGAGCGGGAAUAGUCUCUACGUUUUCGGUGGUUACAACGGGACAACGGUCCUCAACGAUUUCUACGAAUUCAAAUUUGAACCCGUGUCGAUACCACCAUCCCACCUAGUCGAAGACUUGCGGUCCAUCGUAAACAACCCGAUACUAGGAGACGUCACUUUCAAAGUAGAAGGCAUGCCUGUGUAUGCGACGCGGUCCCAUCUAGCUGCAAGAAGUGAUCACUUCAGGGCGCUCUUUUAUGGAGGUAAUUAUUGGAAAUUUAUUUGCUGGAUGAAGGUUUUCUAUGAUGUAGACUGCAAUUCAAGCUCGCCUGCUGUUUUCUGUGCUAAAUAAUAUCUAGACGUGCACCAUGACCCACCACACGUGCACCAUGAACUUGAACCACAACCACUUAAAAAAGACUAUAAUUUUACAGUGAUUUCACUGUACUACUAGCUGUGUAGUCUACUACGUGUCCUCUUCAUCCCCGUAAUAUUUUCAUCAUCAGGUAUGCGCGAGACCAUGAAGCCUGAGGAGGCAAUCGAGAUACCAGACAUCUCCUACGAAGCCUUCGUCACUUUGCUGGAGUAUCUGUACACGGACAUCAUUCCUGACCAUUUGACCACGGACACCGCAGUUGAGCUGCUCAUUGGCGCCGAAAGGUAUCUGCUACAACGUCUCAAAGCCCUUUGUGAGGACCUAAUACGGAAGGGCAUAGAUUUCGACAACGUAGUGCCAAUAUUGCUGACAGCGAAGAAGCACAGAGCGGAUGGACUGAAAGAUAUUUGCCUGGAAUUUUUAAGGGUAGGUUAAAGGUGCUUUUCUUACCGCUUUUUAUGCCUCUCUCAUCCUAAGGGAGAGAGAAAGGCAUAACAAGCGGGGGAACCCGCGAGCACCAAAAACCUACCUCUAAAAUUUAUCGUCCACAAUGAGACGAAGAUGAAGACUUUGCCCAGCUUCAAAGACCUUACUGAAGAUUAAGGCUGUAAGUAGCUAAUGCAUCUUUGACUGCAUCCUUGAAACGUCGUAUGCGGGAGUAUCAGUAUCUCACUACGGUACAACUCUGGCACACUUUUUAAGGAUGCAGCAUUUUGAGAUGUUGAAUUGCGGAGAGCGUUAAGAAGAACCGAUGCUGUUGUACGAUCUGUUGAUGCGGCGAAAAGCCAUCGAAUCUUCAGCCAUGGGAAGAGAUGUAUGGCGGAAUUGGUGUUUAGUAGUGGUCUUCAGUAGCUUUCCUCGUAAUAUCAUCACUGCGAAGGGAGUACAUACUGGAUUCGUGCAGGUAAAUCUCGUUCAGUCAAGAGAAAGUAGUUAUAAAUAUUUCGUCGGGCAGCAUCCUGGAAAAAAUGUGGGUCAUACUAUAUUUUUAGUAUACCGCCCGCCAUAUUAACCCCCUUCGUCUGUUCUUGUGACUGUGAUUUCUGGGCAUGUGCGCCGCACCCCAGCCACACCCCCAAUAUCCUAUCUUCUAUCCCUUCCCCCCUUUCCCUUUCAUCUCCCGGCGCAAUGUCACCUGGCGCCACCUGGUCAACGCCAGAUCAUUCCCCGCAGCAUCAUUAUGCGCGUCCGAGGCCGAGUGGGAGUAUCCUGGACAACAUCAUGUCACGAGGGGUUGGGAAACGGUAGCUGUUGCCUUUCGGGGUUCGGAAAUGGUAAUGCCCAGCAGAAAGUUGGGGAGGUGGUGGAUUAAAUAAAUGUCCUCUAUUAUAUCAAUAUGAGACUCGACUGCAAAAGCAGCAGAGAAUAGUUAGUCCUCACACAUCUGGGGAACAACUCUUCCAUACUAUGACGAUCGUAAUGAUUAUGACAGCAAACUCAAAAUUUUCAGAGUCAUUUUUUGUUGCGUAUAAACGGAUCGGCAAGCGGACCACAGCUUUUUUUUUUCACAAGGUAAAGAUGCUAACAUCAAAUUUGUAGAAGGUAACCAAAGCGAUAGCAACUACAUGGAACCAACCUUUUCCAGAGCAGGGCAACAUAUUUUGUUGUUUAUGAACUACUCAACUCGUUUUCCAAAUCAAUAGUACUAGUACCCAUGCUAUGCCGCGAGUGGUUCUAUAAUUUUUUCCUCAUCAAAGAUAGAAAUAUAUUACACCUAGUACAACUACUAAAGAUGAUCUGGAUAACAAUAUGAUCUGGAUAACAAUAUGAUCCGUUGUUGCGUAGUAGAGUCUGUCAGUCAAAUCCUCCAAGAUGAACAAUUUAGAAGUAGCAAUUCUAGCCGUUGGCCACCGUAGCUCCUGCGCCAGUUCCGGCGACUAUGAUUUUUAUCCGAGAAUCAGAAUCUGACUCAAGCAAUUCUUGACAGAGAUUUUGGAAAAUUGAAAUUUCAAAGCAGAUCUGCUACGGUGGAUUAUAGAUGGUUGUUUCCAACUCAGAGAAAAUGAUAGCUGCCCUCUCUAUGGGGAGAUUUGAAAGAAUGGGAAAUUGUUGACCGACUCGGUCCUGCUUGUGGAGGUC